AUGGCACGACGCGCGUUGCUGAAGCGGAUGAAUGCGGGGCCGGCGACAACGGUCCUGCCCGCGCUUCACCCCACCCUCGCCGCGCGCCUCUUUCCCAACUCCGACCAUAGCAGCCCUGAGCAGCCGCCACGGCGAGUGUGGAGCCUGCCGGAGAACUGUGUGCCGCAGCUGCAGGGCAGCGGCACCACUGCCGCAUCUCGCCCCCCGCCCCAGGGCUUCGUGGCCGUCACCAACCCACUCACAUCCACCUCAGCCGGCCCAGCAGACGACCGUGCAGUCCUCCUCGUCGACCCCACCCUCAGCCCGCCCAUUCGCGUCGUGGGUUAUGGUAUGAGUGCGGUGGACGAGGCCUACGUGGAGGGCGCGCUGCGGGAGGCCUUGACCUAUCGCCGCCAGCUGGCCGGGGAGGGCCGUCUCGAACUCGACGACGCGCGCCACACGUCGGCCUUCCGCCUGGUGCACGAGCUGGGCGACGGCCUCACCGCUCUCGCCAUCGACGUCUACGGCCGGCACGCGCGCCCCUUCUUCUUUCGUCUCAACGCUUCCUUCUAUUCUCUAUUCUUCCCGUAUGCCGACGUACAGACCUACUCGGUGCACUGGGACCGCUUCCUGCCCUUCAUCAGGGACAAGCUGUGGUCGCCCGAGUGUCUGCCCUUCCUGCGGGGCAUCACCGUGCGGAGGCGGUUCCGCAAGAAGCGCCCGACUGCGCGCUUCUACUACAACCCGGCCUUCUUCAACGACGACGAGCAGGCAACCCUCUCACCCCACGAUGUGGGUGCGGCGGCGGGAGAUGCUGAUGAUUUGGAUGAAGAAGACGACGUAGAGGGGUUCGACGAUGAAGAGUUGGAUGGCGGCGGCGACGACAGGGAGAGGGCGCAGCAGCAGCUUCGGGCUGGCGAUCGAAGCGCCGAGUUCAGGGAUGUGGUGGUCGAGGAGGACGGCCUCAAGUACCACGUCGAUCUCCGCACCUCGGCCCUCUCCUCCGGCCUCUUCCUCGACCAGCGGGAGAACCGUAAGUGGAUGCUGGAGAAUGUGUUUACGCGGCCCAAGAUGAGCCUCCUCAACCUGUUCGCCCACACUGGCGCCUGGAGCGUGUCGGCCGCGGCCAAGGCACUGACGACGAGCGUGGACCAUUCGGCCAUGUGCCUGGACGUGGCGAUGGCCAACUUCCGGCUCAACGGCAUUCCCCUCGCCUUCUCGGCCGACAAAAGAGCAGACAAAAAAGGGUGGCAGGGCGGGCGGAAGCGAGGUGAAGGCCACGAGUUCGUGGCCCGCGACGCCUUCCAGGAGCUCAUCGCCCUCCGCGCCAAGAGCCGCAAGUUCGACGUCGUUCUGCUCGACCCUCCCGCACUGGCCCGCACCUCCGCCCUCUCCGGGUCGGUGUGGUCGGCCAAGAGUGACUACGGACGACUGGUGAAGCUCGCUGCACCGGUCGUCGCACCAUCGGGCUAUAUCGUCGCCUUCAACAACACCCGAUCGCGGUCGGAGGAGGCGUGGGUGCGAGAGAUCAUGGAAAAGGGCCUCAAGGACGAGAGCGGCCGGUGGCGUCGGGUGACUGCGCUCGGCCAGGCUGCCGACUUCCGGUGGCGCGCCGGCGACGAGCGCGUCGGCAAGUACCUCAAGGGCCUCGUCCUCCAGAAAGUAUAA